UGGACACAGCGGAAGUUCCUCUUUUAAGGUGUUGAACAGGGAAAGAUACAACUGAAAUUUAUUGAAUCUCUUCGUCCUACGCUUCGUCGUGUGGAAUUCAUUCUACUUUUUCGCUCAAUAUUUGAUUAGUUGAAAUGGGAAGGAGCCGGAGUCGAACUCCUCCAAGGCGUGAGAGGAGGCGUUCCCGUUCAACUUCACGAGAACGCGAUCGAAGGAGAAGGGAAAGGGAUCGGUCACGAGAUCGUGACAGAGAAAGGAGAAGAAGUCGUUCCCGAUCUCCCCACAGGAGACGUUCAAGGUCUCCUCGACGCCAUCGCUCCUCCUCUCUCUCACCCAUGAGGCAAAAAGACCGACGUGACGAUGACCGUAAAGAGAAGUCAUCAAAACCCAUUCAAAUAUCAGCUGAGGACAUGCAAGGCAAAACUGAGGAAGAAAUUGAGAUGAUGAAACUAAUGGGAUUUUCAACAUUUGACUCUACUAAGGGGAAGAAAAGUGAAGGAGCCACGAAUGCAUAUGCUAUCAACACCACCAUGAAAAGAAAAUACAGGCAGUACAUGAACAGAAAGGGUGGAUUCAACAGACCGCUGGACUUUAUCGCAUGAAACUCUUUUUGCCGCUACACUCUUGAAACAUUUUGUUGCACUUGACAAAAUGAGGAUGUUUUGUGCUGUUUGCUUUUAUUUUUGUGACCUUUUGUUUUGUGGGAUGCAGGACUUUCCGUCGAAAUUUUUGAUUAAUAGAGACAUCAAUAUUCCUCUCUUUGAUUCUGCUACACCAUAUUUUAGUAUUGAUGCAUGGUUACACGCAGCCUCAUGCGGUUCUACUGUAGUUGUGUAAAACAAUUGAAAUAAAAAGCAUUUCAACUCAG